AACCUGUUCUGUUUGACUUUGUAGUUCAUCUUCUCAACUUCCUUAGAUGGGAAAAUAAAGGCAUGGCUAUAUGAUAACAUGGGCUCUAGAGUUGAUUAUGAUGCUCCUGGGCGCUGGUGUACUACAAUGCUCUAUAGUGCUGAUGGGAGUAGAUUAUUCUCAUGUGGAACUAGUAAAGAUGGGGAUUCUUACCUGGUUGAGUGGAAUGAAAGUGAAGGGGCAAUAAAGAGGACAUAUUCUGGGUUCCAGAAAAAAUCAACAGGUGUUGUGCAGUUUGAUACUUCCCAGAAUCACUUUUUGGCUGCUGGUGAAGAUAACCAGCUAAAAUUUUGGGAUGUGGACAAUGUUAACAUGCUUACAAGCACAGAUGCUGAGGGUGGACUCCCGAGUGUUCCACGUCUGAGAUUCAACAAAGAAGGAAAUCUUCUUGCUGUUAAUACAGCUGAUAAUGGUUUUAAGAUACUUGCUAAUGCGGAUGGCCUUAAAUCCCUGCGAGCUUUUGGAAGCCGACCUUUUGAAUCAUUUAGAGCUCAAUAUGAAGCAACUUCUAUCAAGGUUUCAGGCACCCCUGUGGUUGCGAGCAUCUCUCCGAACAUCAGCAGAGUCGAUCGCGUAGACAGAAACUCUCCUGCAAGGCCAUCUCCUAUCCUUAAUGGAGGUGAUCCAUCAUCUAGGAGUAUAGAUAAGCCAAGAAUUUCGGAAGAAUUGCCUGAUAAGACUAAGCCCUGGGAAUUGGCUGAAAUUCUGAAUCCAAAACAAUGUCGAGUUGUUACCAUGCCAGAGAGCACAGAUUCUGCCAGCAAGGUUGCAAGACUACUUUACACAAACUCUGGGGGUGGCUUGUUAGCAUUAGGGUCCAACGCUGUUCAGAGAUUGUGGAAGUGGAGCCGUAGUGAACAGAAUCCAAGUGGCAAGGCCACGGCCAGUGUUGUGCCACAGCAUUGGCAACCAAGCAGUGGUCUUCUUAUGACUAAUGAUGUGUCAGAUACAAACCCUGAAGAAGCAGUACCUUGUAUUGCACUCUCAAAGAAUGAUUCAUAUGUAAUGUCUGCAUGCGGUGGGAAGGUUUCGUUAUUUAACAUGAUGACAUUUAAGGUAAUGACAACAUUCAUGCCACCCCCACCAGCAUCAACAUAUUUAGCAUUCCAUCCACAGGACAAUAACAUUAUAGCAAUUGGAAUGGAAGAUUCAACCAUCCAUAUAUACAAUGUGAGAGUGGAUGAGGUUAAAACAAAGCUGAAAGGUCAUCAGAAAUGCAUAACUGGUUUAGCAUUCUCCAACAAUCUUAAUGUACUCGUAUCAUCAGGUGCUGAUGCACAGCUUUUUGUGUGGAACACUGAGACAUGGGAGAAAAAGAAAUCUGUGGCCAUCCAACUUCCUGCUGGGAAGGCACCCGCUGGUGAUACACGUGUCCAGUUCAAUUCUGACCAGAGUCGACUAUUGGUAGUCCAUGAAACACAUCUAGCAAUAUAUGAUGCAUCCAAAAUUGAGCGUGUUCAUCAGUGGGUUCCCCAGGAAAGUCUUUCUGCCCCAAUAUCAUAUGCAUCCUAUGCAUGCAACAGCCAGCUGGUCUUUGCUACUUUUUGCGAUGGUAACAUCGGUGUUUUUGAUGCUGAUAACUUGAGAUUAAGAUGUCGAAUUGCCCCAUCGGCAUACAUGUCUCCGGCAACUGCAAACAGGUACAACCUGCCAGUGUAUCCUCUUGUUAUUGCUGCACACCCGCAAGAGCCGAAUCAAUUGGCAGUUGGGUUGACAGAUGGAGCAGUUAAAGUGAUAGAGCCCUUGGAGUCCGAGGGUAAGUGGGGAGCACCAGUACCUGUUGAAAAUGGCGUACCCAACGGUAGGACACCAGCAUCAUCAGCUACAAGCAAUCCAGCUGCAGACCAGCUCCAAAGGUGACAAUAAUGGCUCCAUGUUUGUAAAUGUUCUAAUCUGAUAUUGACCUAUCUGUAUUUAUGUCGUAUCGAUUUGUAGGCUUGACUUUAUUUAUCUCAAGAUAACUUUCUAUACCAUUAUAUGUGCCUCUUCAAAGGUGAGCAUAAAAAAAAUAAUAAGAACAAUGUAAGCUUGUGCAUGUUAUAAGUGGUGAAUUCUGAUCGGAUAUUUACAUCCUUGUCGAAAUAUAUCUUUUCGAGAUCA